GCGGGGCGUUGAAGCGUCGGAGAUGGGAGAUUGAAAGUGAAGGCGAAGAGAAAGGAGAGGAAAGGGAGGAUGGCAAGCAGGCAGCGCCGCAGCUCGAUUGCUGACAGCUAACGGCUUCGGUAAAGGGAAGGGUACUGAUUCGAUUUCGCGGAGACACGUCCGAUCUUCGUAACUCGGGGAGUACCGUUGCCAAGCCAAGAGAUGAUCGUAAAGUCAGCAAAGUUGCCAGUCAAGAGUCAGAGUCGUGAAUGCUAUCUGCUGAGAAGAGUGAUGUCGGAUCGAACAAGCAACCAGCAAGCACGACUCGCGCCUACUCGAUCGAGACUUUACAUGUACGGCUGUUUGCGCGGUUGCGUGCGCGAGAAGUCGUCGCGACACCCUGGCCUGGCCUGGCCUGUAUGCUCGAUCGACCCUUUGCGCUGCGCUCCUCUUCUGCCGUUGAUGCUCCUCCUCAACAUACGACAUGGCGCGGCUUGCCAUGCAUCAAGAUCGAUGCUGUAUGCGACCGUUGGGCGGGCGUCAGCGAAGCCAACACCACGCCCGCGCAAGCACGCGCGCACGCACGCACGACCGCCGCGUCCUACGGUGCAUGGCUGCAGCUAUAUAGCCUGCUCACCCGCCUGUAUACUUGGGCAUCAGCGUUGGAGCGGGGAAGAGCAGGGCGCGAGUCACGUCUUGAUGUGUGCACAUGCACUGAGAGCAGCCAGCAUGCGUUGACCGUCGGCGGCUGCAUGUCACCGCAUGAUGC